AGGACGAGCAACUGGGGCCCACGCUUUCAGAGCUGGAAGGUGAGGGGCUGCGGCCAGGGGACUGUCUAGGGUGGGCUUCCCAGACUGGGGUUCCCUUCAAGGCACUGAGGGCUCUUCUGUCAUUGUAAGUCAUGCGAAAUCAGCCCCGGGGUGACCCUUUCUCUGUGUCCUGCGCUCCAGACCCACGGCAGACGCAGCUGGCUCCAGAGACAAAGGGAAGGCUGGCUUCGUGGCUACAGCGAGUCCAGGCGCUCUUUCAGACCCCUGUGCGGGAGCUACGGCCAUUGUCAUCCGCCUCAGCCCCUGCAGAGCUGGAGGACAUCCCAGCAGAGGCCUCAGCUCUGAGGCAAGGACCCAAGCUGGAGCCCCAGGAGCCCUCAGGCCUGGUGCGCAGAGCAACUGCCGUGAUGGUACCAGGCCUUACAGAGCCAGAGCCAUGUCCAGACCCCAUGAGCCCCUGGGACAUCCCAGGAGUGGUUUCAGCCCCGGUGCCAGGCCCCGAGCUGGAGCCCCAUGAGCCCUUGGUCCCGGGUCCCGUGGCACCUGCAGGAAUGGCACCGGGACUGGCAGAGCCAGAGGCGGACCCGGAGCCCACCCGCGCCUGUGUCGCCAUCACCCGGCACGUGUGGAGGAAGGAGGAGUGGACCAUUCUGGCAUUUCCCCAUGGCCUGGUGGCCGAGCAGCUGACCCUGAUCUGUGCGUUCCCUGUCAUCCAAAGUGAGAUCACCAUGCAGAGGAAGCUGGCCAAGGUGUAUGACCUGGAGCCUGAUGAGCGCUUCCGGUGCUUUGCCCAGGCCGUGGAGCCCCUGGAUGAGGAGGAGAGCUACAGCCUGUCCUGCCAGCUGGAGCCCCCAGGCCAGGGGGCCGGCAGAAAGUGACUAUUCUUCAGGCCCCACAAGAUGUAAAUUUACCAGCCGGCCAGGGCCAGCUGCUGUCAUCGGGCCCGCGGCCCUGCUGGUGUCCUGGCUGCAUGUGGAGGAGAGCUGCUUCCCCUUCGGGCAGGCGGCCCCUGGCGCCCCAGGACCCCAGUCUGCUUGCUGCUCCUCCUCCUCCCGCUGCUCAUCCUGAGCCUCUGCUGGGGCAGCUGCUCUGGCACCUCCUCCGUCGGCCGACUUCGGCAUCUCCCCGGGCUGCCGCUGCCUCCUCAAGGGCCUGUACGUAGCCCCUGCCA